UUUGUGCAACAAAAUAUUAAUAAUACAUAUUUCAUUUUAUAAUUUAUCGGGAUCAGGAUUAAAAUUCAUUGUAAUUUGAUAAUGGAUAUUAGAAGGCUAUCUUCUAAAAAUGAUGAUAAAGUCAUAUUAAAACAAAAAGAUUAUAUUGGGGGAAAUAAGCAAACUACUGGAAGUAAAAUUAUAACGCAAUAUCUUACGCAAAAAGAUGUUGCGCCAUGGUUUCGAGGGACAUCACAUUAUCAUAUCCAAGGAGCCGACAGGCUUCUCAAUGCUUUGCGAGACGAUGCAGAACAAAGUACAACACAUCGUGUACGAUCAUGUCUAAAUUUAAUAGGGCUAGAACCUAUAAUAACAUCAAAACAAAUUAUGUGUUUAAUGCGUCUAAGUCGUGGCAAUGAUUUAGUUUUUCUAUGGUUUCUCAUGGAAAUGCAUUACAAAACCCCUAAACACGAUCCCAACUCAUAUAGUGUUAACGAACAAUUAAUCUGUUCAGCUAUAUGUCACCUGGACAUGAUAACAACACUCCGGGAAUUGGAUAAAAUUCUUCCAAGUGGUCAUACAUCAAGAAUUGAAAUGAAGAAAGCUGGUUUAAAACGUGAAGCGCUUAAGAAAUCCUUUACCAAUAGAAAAAAAGAAAGAAUUUCGACCAAAUACGUUUUGCCGUAUUUUGAAGAAUACCCUCGACCUCAACAAUAUGGCAAACGAUUGCUGUUAGAGAUACCUAAUUUCAAAGUUAACUUUAAUAUGUACAGUCGCUACAGCAAUAUUAAUCAUAUAGUCCAAAAUGAAUCAAAUCGUUGGUAUGCGGAUUACCACUUUAAUCCAGGCAAACGCAUUGUUUACUCAAUUAUACGUGAAACCAUUAGAAAUAUAUUCUAUAACUUUAAAGAGGCCUGUGCAAGGUCCAAAACAAUUGAUGUAUUGUGUGAUUACCACAAGACUACUAAAAUAACUCAAACCAAUUUAGAACAUGAACUUAAAGUUAGAACAAGAGACGAGUGCUUAAAAUCUUACUUUAAAUCUAAUGAGGGUAAAAAUCGGCAUGCGUCACAAAAGGAAGCAUCACUGAAAACCAUUACCAGUGAUUGUAAAAUAUUCGAUGUCAUCCUGGCAGACAAUUACUGUGGUUGUUGUAAAAGUAAUAUGAAUAUAAUAGAUGAUAAAAUUAAGUUUAGAGCAGUGGAAAAAAACAACAAAAUAAAUAAUCUGAACAGUAGAAACAACAAGAUUCAUGACAUGCAUAUGAAAAAAUGCGGAAAUAUUCGCAAGAAUAUAUACAAUGAGUCAACAAACCUAAAUUCUAAACGGGGUGGUAAUUUAAGUACUACAAAAAUAAAUGAAGUGAAUAAUUUUGAAUGUGAUAAUAUCAGCGAUACUUCUAUGCCUUCCGAUAUAGUUUUUAAUCGGCCUAUGAUGCACAAGCCCUUUAAAUUUGAUUAUGAAAAAAUAUUUGUUUCAAAAUACAAAGACGAUAACAAGAGCGGUAUAAAGAAAUUUUUUCUUGCAGCCAUGGACAAAAAUACUUCAAAUUUGUCAAACCAGUCGAGUCUUAAAUAUGACGAGGCGGUCCAAAAAUGCGCUAAAAAUAUGUUUGAAAAUGAAGUAAGAAAUUAUGAAGACAAGAUAAGGGAAACGAUUGAAGCACAAACGGCAGAAAAACUAAAGCCCCUCAACCAAUAUCCCACUUUAGCCAAUUACAACGCAGAAAAUUACUUGCUGAUGGAUCAAAUGUUAUUUGACGCCUUUCAAUACUUACGCAAAAAUCCAAAGUUUGUAUGGGCUCAAUUGCCGGAUGCACAUAAGAUACCAAUGCUACGAGAAUGGAUAGCACGUCGGUUUGGCAAGGAGUAUACACCACGGGAAAGAGCCAAAUCAUAUCGAAUGUCGUGUAAAAUAUUUCGAGCUGUAGUUAAAAACAAUUUAGAACUCUCCAUACCGAAUGCCAAACACAUUGGUAAUAAUCUUUUUCUCAACUACAAUUGCCGAAAGUAUUUGGAUAGAAAGGUGCAACACAUUAAGAAUAAAUACUACCAUAAUUUGGAUUCAUCAUUUUUGGAACAUACUCGCGUUUUCUGGUUUGCUAUGCGCGGAUACAUUUGUUCUAAUGGGCCUCCACGUAAAACCUUUUUUGCCUACAUGCCAUCAAGACUUCGAGACAUUCAGCAUUUACGUUUGUGGAAAUCGUCAGACUAUCGCAACUAUAAAGUUGCUAGAAAUGUUCGUCAACAAAAUAAAUGCCUGGAUCCUUUUUAAGACAUCCCACAUUUAUAUUUUCACUCCAAUUCUUGUUAAAUUAAAUAUGUUUGUUUGUAUCUAUUUAAUUGAAUGAAACCCUAUUUAUGUUUUGUAUUUAUUUAAUAAUAAAUUUUGAAGUAGUUUUUGUAGUAUAUAGAAAUUAUGUGUGAAUAUAUAUA